AAAGCUCUAAUGAACUUCCCAUGCAAAGCAUCACCUCCAUUACGCUUAAAAGGCAAAUGCAAUCGCCCCAAAAAAAAUCCUUUCUUUUUUGUUGAAAUUAUAGUGUUUGUAAAGUGAAACAGAUUACCGGCUUUCCUUUUCUUAUGUUUUUCUUCCAUUACCCUCCCUCAACCUCAAGAACCAAUUCACAAAUUCUCUGGGAUUUUUCAUUUAGUAGCUGGUCUAUACUCUUAGAUAUGAUUGAAAGCAGCAUAAAAGAGUUUUAAACAAAAAGAAAUGGGAAGUUGGUUGUUUUUGUUUCUUGUUGGGUUGUUUUUGGCUGCUUCUGUUAGUGGCGUUGGCUCUCGUAAUGUAACGUAUGAUGGAAGGUCAUUGAUCAUCGACGGCCAACACAAGAUUCUCUUCUCUGGUUCAAUUCACUAUCCUCGUAGUACUCCUCAGAUGUGGCCAUCUUUGAUAGCCAAGGCCAAAGCUGGAGGAUUAGAUGUCAUUGAAACCUUGGUGUUUUGGAACCUACAUGAACCCCAACCAGAACAGUUUGAUUUUAGUGGACAACGGGAUAUAGUAAGGUUCAUUAAGGAAAUUCAAGCACAAGGUCUAUACGCAUGCAUUAGGAUUGGACCCUUUAUUCAAGGCGAAUGGUCUUAUGGGGGUCUGCCAUUUUGGCUGCAUGAUAUUCCAGGCAUAGUUUAUAGAUCCGAUAAUGAGCCCUUCAAGUAUCAAAUGAAGAAGUUUGUGUCCAAGAUAGUGAACAUGAUGAAAGCAGAAAAAUUAUAUGCUUCUCAAGGAGGACCAAUUAUUCUAUCACAGAUUGAAAACGAGUAUGGAAUGGUAGAGGCCGCAUUUAGAGAUAAAGGGCCUCCGUAUCUUCGUUGGGCUGCAGAGAUGGCGGUGGGGCUUCAAACUGGUGUACCAUGGGUGAUGUGCAAGCAAAACAAUGCUCCUGACCCAGUGAUUAAUGCAUGCAAUGGGAGGCGAUGUGGGGAGACAUUUCCUGGGCCUAACUCACCAAAUAAGCCAGCAAUAUGGACAGAGAACUGGACAAGCUUUUAUCAAGUAUAUGGAGAUGAACCAGACAUCAGAUCAGCUGAAGACAUAGCAUUCCAUGUUGCACUGUUCAUUGCAAAGAAAGGCAGCUAUGUGAAUUAUUAUAUGUACCAUGGUGGAACUAACUUCGGAAGAACUGCUGCUGCGUAUGUACUGACAAGUUAUUACGAUCAAGCUCCUCUUGAUGAGUAUGGUUUGUUUAGGCAGCCAAAAUGGGGCCACCUUAAAGAGUUACAUGCUGCAAUCAAAUUAUGUUUAAACCCUAUGCUCUCUGGAGUAUAUACCACUAUGGCUUUGGGAAAAUCACAAGAAGCCUUUGUUUACAGAGGGAAUUCAGUCGACUGUGCUGCUUUUCUGGUAAAUAAUGACACAAGGAAGACUGUUGUAGUAACAUUUCAAGAUUCAUUGUAUGAAAUGCCUCCGAAAUCAAUCAGCAUCCUACCAGACUGCAAGACUGUGGCCUUCAACACUGCUAAGGUAAGCACACAAUACAACACCAGAGCGGUGGAAACAAGUAAGAAGCUAGAUUCAAUUGUAAAAUGGGAAGAAUAUAAGGAAACUAUCCCUACUUUUGAAGACACAUCUUUAAGAGCCAACAUGUUAUUGGAGCACAUGAAUACGACAAAAGACAAUUCAGAUUAUCUUUGGUACAACUUCAGGUUUCAGAAUGAUUUUUCUGAUGCUGAAUAUGUGCUUAAUGUGACCUCUUCUGCCCAUGUAUUACAUGCCUUCGUAAAUGGAUCAUUUGUAGGUUCUACUCAUGGAAGUUUUAAGACUAAAACUCCCAUCCUAGAGAGUAAAAUUACUUUAAAUAAAGGAACAAACUAUAUCUCCUUGCUUAGCGGAAUGGCUGGAUUACCGGAUUCAGGAGCAUACCUUGAGAGAAGGGUGGCUGGAAUUAACACUGUGAGGGUUAAGGGUGAACAUGAAAUUAAAGACUUUACCAGAUACUCAUGGGGAUAUCAGGUUGGAUUGUUAGGUGAGAAAUUACAAGUAUAUACAGAUUCUGGAUCAAAUAAAGUAAAAUGGAAUACAUAUGGAAGCUCGACUCAUCAGCGGUUAACAUGGUACAGGACUCUGUUUGAUGCACCAGCUGGGAAGGAUCCUGUGACACUGAACCUUGAAUCCAUGGGAAAGGGUGAAGCCUGGAUAAAUGGCCAGAGCAUAGGUCGAUAUUGGGUCUCAUUUCUUACUCCAAAAGGGAUUCCUUCACAAACACGGUAUAAUGUGCCUCGAUCCUUCCUCAAACGAACCGAUAACCUACUUGUUAUCCUAGAAGAAGAAAAUGGAUACCCUCUUGGGAUUUCCAUCGACACCAUAUCGAUAACAAAAGUGUGCGGUCACGUGUCCGAGUCACAUCUCCCACCGGUAAUUUCAUGGCAAGGACAGAAUAAAACAGAACAUAACAACAGCAAGAAGCACCACGGAAGGCGGCCGAAAGUCCAGCUCCAAUGUCCACCUGGAAGGAACAUUUCUAGGAUACUAUUUGCAAGCUAUGGUAACCCUACUGGGGAUUGUGAAAACUAUGCCAUUGGAAGCUGUCAUUCAUUCACUUCUUUACCUACCAUUGAAGAGGCUUGUAUGGGAAAGAGGAUUUGUACCAUCCCUGUUUGGAGAAAGAAAUUUGGUAAUGAUCCAUGUCCAGGCAUACCCAAAACUCUGUUGGUUGAUGCACAGUGCACAUAAGAGAUCACAGUUUUUUUUUUUUUUUGUAUGGUCAAUAACAGAUUCUCAUAUCAUUCUUGGAAGUUAGACUUAGAGAUGUUAAUUAAUAUAAACCUUUUCA